AUGGUGAACAAAGCUACUUUAAACACUUUUUCAACAAAUAUUACUAGUUUGACACAAGUUGUAAAUGAAGUAAAAUCUGUUUUAACUUCUGAUAUUAAGAACCAACUUGAAACAUCAAAAAAUUCUAUUGAUUUUUUGAAACGUCGACUUGAUAUUUACGAACAAAAUCAGAAUGAAUUUAUUAUCUCAAUACAACGUAUUAGUAAUAAACAUGGAAUUAAAAUACAAUGUAUUGAAAAAACAUUAAUAUUCACAACAACUAUAUUAGAAUAUCUGUCAACAUCAUCUUCAGUACUUCAAACUACUAUGGAUA